UGGGCUGCCUCCCCCUUCCCGCCUCUCCCCCUACUCCAAUUCUUCCCUUGGCAGGCUACCCCUGGGCGGCUUCUGAUCUCCUCCAGGGCUCGCUGGCUUUUCUGUGCGCACAGCCAGCCCACCCUGCCUUUCUCCGGUUCCCCCCUUCCCGGUGCAGCUUCCAGGCCAAUCCACCCCGACUCUUGGAGAAAGCAGGAGUCCUGACCCUGAGCACCGAGCACACUAGUGUUCCUGGAACUUCAUUUGCAAGGGUGCGAGGCGCAAACCAGGACGAACGAUGGAUCCCGUGAGUCAGCUGGCCUCAGCAGGCACCUUUCAGGCGUUAAAGGAGCCCCUCGCCUUCCUGAGAACCCUGGAAUUGCUUUUUGCAAUCUUUGCAUUUGCAACAUGCGGUGGCUAUUCUGGAGCCCUGCGGCUGAGUGUGGAUUGUGUCAACAAGACGGAAAGUAACCUCAGCAUUGAUGUAGCGUUUGCCUACCCAUUCAGGUUGCACCAGGUGACCUUUGAGGUACCUACGUGUGAAGGAAAGGGACGGCAGAAGCUGGCACUAAUUGGCGACUCCUCAUCUUCAGCAGAAUUUUUUGUCACGGUGGCUGUCUUCGCCUUCCUCUACUCUUUGGCUGCUACUGUCGUUUACAUUUUCUUCCAGAACAAGUAUCGGGAAAAUAACCGAGGUCCACUCAUUGAUUUCAUCGUUACUGUAGUCUUUUCGUUCUUGUGGUUGGUGGGUUCUUCAGCUUGGGCGAAAGGACUGUCUGAUGUCAAGGUCUCAACGGAUCCCAAGGAAGUAUUGUUACUGAUGUCAGCUUGCAAACUGCCUUCCAACAAAUGCAUGGCUGUCCACAGCCCCGUCAUGUCCAGCUUAAACACUUCUGUGGUCUUUGGAUUCUUGAACUUUAUCCUCUGGGCUGGCAACAUCUGGUUUGUUUUCAAGGAGACUGGUUGGCACUCUUCAGGGCAGCGAUAUAUCUCAGACCCAAUAGAGAAGCGCGCAAGCAGCUAUAAUCAAGGAGGAUACAACCAAGAGAGUUAUGGAUCAAGUGGUGGGUACAGCCAACAGGCUAGUUUGGGCCCAUCCACUGAUGAGUUUGGGCAACAAUCCAGUGGCCCUGCUUCCUUAACUAAUCAGAUUUAACUGGGUAGUAUUUUCAUUCUUCUACCAAUAGUCUCACCACUUUCCAUUUCAGUGGCAAAGAAUUUUUUAAGAGUUUCAAUCAAUUAUUAAAGCAGAGGUGUUUGAUGUAAAUCAGAGAUCUGUGGUUCUCAUUAUAGCAGAAAAGCCUGGGUCAUGAUAAAUGGUACUAAAUGAUGAAAUGAUGUGAGAAGAUAUUAUUUAUCACAAAUGGCUAAUGGAGGGUUCUUUGUUACAUAUAGAUAAUUUUUUGUUGUUUUGUAUGUGUAUUGAGUAGUGGAAGCAUUUUGUAGCUUAAAAUCUCUAGUAUGUAACAUGUGAAAAUUAAAUAGCAUUGGAUUUUCCUAUGCAUUUUGAUGCAAAAGAUGUUUAAACGAUUUCUAUAAGACAAUUUGGUGUAUCACAACUUGCAUGUUUAUUGUUUUUAGAUGCAGGUCCUAAAGGACUAUGAGUCAAGGUAAUUAUUUCCACAAUAAUCCUGUGAUUAUUUUUUAAUCUAAUGAAUCAGUGCUCUUAUGAUUUAGUGCAUGAAUGAGAAUUUUCUCACAAAAUGAGUAUUUGAACUCUAUUUAUGAAAAUUUUCCAGUUUGCAUCAUGACUUUGUUAAAUGAAUGUUUGAAAAUAUAUAUAUAUAUAUUCACUACUUUGUACACUUGCAAAAUGUCUCUCUGGCUUUAUCCAGUCGUGAAUGCAUUGUAACUGAGGUUUGGGGAUUUUUUUCCCCUUUAGAAGAUAUUCAGUGUUCUACUUAUAAUUGCCCAAAAUUUAUUCUAUUUACUUAGAUAAAUUUACAUUCUUGUAACUUUAUAUGGUGUUUUGUGGCUCUUAUGCUAUCUAUAGUCUAUGAAAAACAUAUUUAAAAUUGUAUUUGUAGAGUUUGGUUUUUUUUUUUUAAAAAACAAUAGUUAUACAGAUAUCAGACACCAUGUCAAAACAGUAUCAUAUUAAAUUAUUAACUUGUAAUGGACACUUAAAACAAUAAUUAUAUUAUUAGUUUAUAGGGAUACAUAUACAUAACCUACACUGCAAACUAAAUUUAAAACAUUAUUUACUUAUAAAGUCAAUUCACUCCUUGAUUAAGCAAUUAAAAAUUCUCAAGUCACAGCUCAACUUACUAAUUACCAAUUCUGAUAGGAAUGUUACCCAUAUAUUAAAAAUGACUUACACGAAUAAGUCUGUAUCCCAAAGCAGGUGCUUAUGAGAUAUAUUCCCCAGAAUAUAUUCAUUAUUAAGAAAAUGCCAAUCUUCACUGCUUUGUUUUAAUUCAAUUGAAACACCAGGGCCCAACAAGAAGAGAAAUCUGAGCCUCUGUAUUUCCAGAUAAAAGUCACUGAUAUAUAAACUCAUUCAUUAUGUUAUCUAUCAUGUUGAAAGUACUUAUCUGUGUUGUAGAUGAUGUCUAUAACCAGUUUCUGGAUCUUAUUGAAUAAAUCUGUAUUGUGAUGUUUCUUUAAUCUUAAUAAAGUUAUUGCAUAAAA